AUGGCUUCGCCCAGGAGCACGGAGGGAUCGGGGCCCGUUUCUGGUUGUCCGAGCGUCCUCGUGGAGUCGUCCCGUUCUGCAGGGUACACGUGCUCGCUGGGAUGCGCGGGGCGUUUCGCGGUACUGACCCGACACGCUGUGGUUAAGGCGAGGACCCUCAAGCGCCAGCGCGUCCCGGGUACGGGUACCCGGCAAGCAUCGCACGGCUGGUCUAUGACCCCUCCCGUCCCGUGGUUGCGAAAGGCCUCCCGUUUCCCGUCCGCGCACGCGGGGCGCUCUGAUCCAUUUGCACGACGUUGCGGGCGGGGAAGAGACGCGGACGAAGGCCCCUUCCUGCGUGGCGCCGCCAUUGGAGGGAACCCCGAUCGCGCCGCCGUCUGGCUUGCUGUCGCAGAGAUCCAGACCGCGUUUUCCAGCACGAUCGGCGCUGUUGACGGUGGCGUGAACAGUAUCGUUUCCUCGUGGGGUGGGGGUGGACGCACCCCCCGGUUCGAAUUCCAGCGCCGGGGCUCGCCGUUGUCGUACGGCUCACGCCUGCGUGCGGGGCGCAGAGACGUGACCGGCGUCUGGGCCCAUGGCCAAGCCCGUUUCGAGGUUGCAUGCGCCAUCGCCGGUCGGUUCGGCGAGCCAAAGCUGGCUGUGACUGUGCAUUGGGUUCCGGGCGUCCUUCUUGGGAGCACAGACCGCGUCAGUGGGAGCAGGGCGAAGGUCGAGGACCGUGGAUGGCUUUUUGGCUGA